AUGGGCCGCAAGCCCAAUCCUCUCAUCCUUGAGUACUUCGUCCGAGGCCCCAAGCUCAACGAUAACAGCAACAGGUAUCCGCACACCUGUAAGCAAUGCGGCGAGAACUUUCCCAAGGGCCGCAUCGAUAGCUUGACCACCCACAUCACCAAGAAAUGCCCUGCCAUCUCCGAGUCAGACCGCAUGCGAGCCUGCCUCGAGCUCCAUGGUAUCACCAACGCUCGUGCCGCCCCAGAGCGACCGCCUCCUGAUGCGCAGACCAACGGCCAGACAGUGGACGUCCCCAACCUUCCCCAAGGAUGGAGUGCUCUUGAGACUCUUGCCGAAGCCUCGCGACAGGUCGAUCUUAAUGAGAACAACCGUGGCCAGAGCGCUCCAGGUGCCACCGACCCCGCCGACCCCGCCAGUACUCACGUUGUUGAACGUUUCGAACUUCAUGAGCAAUUCACCCUCGACAACCCUCCCGUGAGCUACGAGAAUCGAUCGCAGCAGCAAAAUAGAGCCGUAGUCCAACAGCCGCUUCCUGGACCUGAACUAUCUCCCGAGGAACGACUUCAGGCAUUGCUCCCCAACAGCGUUGCCUCGCCAGAUGCUUCCAACAUAUCUGUUGCCGUUGCUGCUACCGCGCGGCUAAACCCGUCGCUUCUCGACCCCCAGCUCGUCAAUGAAAAUGGUUCAUCGACACCGCCUCCGACCGUCGAACUCGCGCCUCCCGUCGAAACCUCCCCAAGUGCGGUAACUGCCCCUGAUGGGGGCAUCUCGCAGCCAUGGGGCGAAAUGACAUACUUGGCUACCGCAUCGCCAGUGCCGAUUGUCCCCGAUCACCCCCCUGCGCCUAUUCAGAUGAACCGAGGCGGUGUACGCAUGGAUACGGGCGAUGGGCAGCUGAAUGGGAGGCCCCGGCAUUCUCGAUCCCGAUUCACAGCAGCUCGGCGCAAGGAGGUCCAGGAGGUCCGCAAGAUCGGUGCCUGUAUCAGAUGCAGGAUCCUCCGCAAGAACUGUGGCAAGGGAACACCAUGUGAUACUUGCCGAAAGGUCUUGUCGCCUCGCGUCUGGAGAACUGGCUGCGUUCGGACGAGGCUUCAAGAGCAACUGGAUUUGUACUCGGCUGGUGUUCAGGUUGUCUUGUCCCAGAAUCGAAUCAACCUGCUGAAGAGCCAGCUCCAGAUGACCCACGAUGGCACUGUGAUUGAGGUCUCUCACUUCCCCGAAAUUGGCAAAGUCAUCGUUAUGGAAGCCUUUGUCGCAUUGCUAGAGCCUAGUGAGACAUUGGCUGCGACACGAGGUAGCAAAGACUCUUUUUGGCAGGUCAUCAUGAUCGAUCAGGACAAGGAGGACAUCCCGGGCAAGGUGGAAGCUUAUAUGCGGGAUGUCUUUCACCUCUUCAUUGAGCGUGAGCCAUCGAGGUUCAUGCGCGUCACCCUGGAACUCGCCAUUCAGCAACUGUCAGAAGGCGAGGAUGAUCUACUCCGAAAAUCCCUGGAACUUUGGGGUUUGGUCGAGAGUAUCGACCGUGAGAGACAGUGGAACAUUAUUGAAAAGCCCGCGAGUGAGGGAGAGGAGCCACGACGUAUCCAGGAGGCCGAGAGCGAGAACGACGCCGAUAUCUACACCACCAUCUGCAUGCAGCUGAACGCAGCAGCCGAGAGAAAGGCAAACAACACUUCCAAGGCCCUGCUGAGCGGCAUGCACCGAGUACUUCAGGACAGUAAAGUCAAGGUCAACUUCAAGAUGUACCUCACGGCGCUCAUCUUCCUCAACUGCCUCGAGAAAUCGACGUGGGCUUUCAAGGCUUGGGAGCAGGACCAUCUUCGUCCUGGGUGGCCCCUGGAGAGGGAUCCCAGCGUGUUCACACAGCAGGGAGGUAACUUGGCAGGCCUGCUCAAGAUGCUGUUGGCAAUUCGCAAGGCUCUGCCACAGACGCUUCGCAAUGCCUCUGGGAAGCUGGCCACUUCGGAGCAAGAACCUAUUGUUGCGAGUUACUUCCAGGACCUUGAUCUGGACUACGACGCUAUCCUGGCCCGACAAGAAGGGUCCCAAUUCUCUCCUGCAGACUCUCGGUCCCUCGAGAUGAUGUUCUGCUCUCACCUUCUCAUCACCAACACCCCGUAG